AUGAGUGAUGGGAUCAGCGAUAAGAGCGAUGUCUUAAUCGCAAUCAAAGCCAGGGAUCAAAGGACAGAUAGCCAUCCAUCACGUGAACGGUCCCAGAGUUCGCCGACAGACAUAAGGUCUUCGGGAUCACCUCUAAGACGUGAGACAAUGGCUUUAGUCAAUGUUUCGGACGAGUCUUCGCCUACAGCUCCGACUCAAGAGACGGACACUUCACUCACGAGCGAAUCCACGCCAGAGAUGAGUACCAACUCUUCAGUCAAUGAUACGAACCCUACGAUGGCCUCCAAUACCAUUAUUCGGCCGAAGAGAAUGGCGGCGAAGUCGGCGCCCCCUAUAGACACGUACAGCGGCUCAUCGGAUGACGGUUUGCCCGAAGAUAAUGUCCGGAACGACAAGAAUUAUCUUGUGUCGAAAUCGACGAAUAUCGGGACUAAUAAGGGCUGA